UACCAAGAGCGGUAACCCCGAGCUAAAGUCGGGCUUACCAUGUGGCGUUGCUCAGGGAGUCCUGCAGCACUUACCUUGUCCUUCGCUCCCGCGAUGUGUCCCCUGCAGUGUUCCCACCCAUCUCCUCCGGCCGAUGCCGGCAUCCGGCUUCCGUGUUCCGGUCCCUGUGACGUCGGGACGUACGGGCGCCGGCGGUAAAUUUGAAAUUUUAAAAAAAUUUCAUUUUUUUAAAAAUGAUUAUUACAUAUGCUUUGUCCUGCGCCCUGCCUGCAUUUUGACUGUUCUUUCUG